UUUAUUUAUUUAUGUCAUUGUCAUGUGGCUGGCUCCGGGUUACAAAAUCAAUUUUACAUAAAAUACAAUGGUUUACUGUAAAUAUUUCAUAUCUUUUGACUUCAAUAAUGCUGCAUGCAUUAAGGAUAAUCGUUCUUGAAUAAUUUUCAUAACUAACCUUUGUACUUUGAUAUGUAAUUUGUUACAAAUGCUUGGCCUUAAAUCGAACACUGUUUUUACACCAACUUAACUGCACAAUAUGAAGACGAAACUAGUGCAGUAUUAACCAUAGGUAUUAAUAAAUUAACUACCAUCAUAGUAAUCGUUUACAGUAGUAUUCAAAUACAAUGAUGUUGUUACCAAUGUACAGAACAAUGAAAUACAAAUGUUACAUGGUUUCACGUUUUGCUCUGGCUAUAUUUUUUAUAAUAGUUAUAUUGUGCUAUUGGCUAUUGCACUACAGAAUAAGUGUGUUGGAUUCACAUAGAAAUGUAGCCUACGUAGUUUGGAGACCUAUGUAUCAAGUCCCUAAAAUUCCUGAGUCAACAGGUAGCCUCUGUGAGACUGUGCAUGUAUCAUUUAUAUGUAUGGGAAAAUGUAUGCAAGUGGUCACACCAAUGCUGAAGUCUUUGCUGCACCAUAGACAAAACCCAAUACAUUUUCACCUCAUUGUCGACGGUUCCACAGAGAAAAUAAUUAAUGAACUCUUCCGGACAUGGGAUUUGGAUGAUGUAAAAUACACAUGUUACAAUGCGGAACAUAAGUUUUCUGUUGUACGUUGGAUACCGAACACCCACUACUCGGGAAUAUACUCCCUUACCAAACUCUUGCUUCCUGAAAUUUUGCCAGAAUCAUUGGAUAAAGUUAUUGUGCUAGACUAUGACCUGACAUUUUUGUGUGAUGUGGUUGAAUUGUGGAUUUUGUUUAAAGAAAUGAAUGAAGAGCAGAUAAUGGGCCUAGUAGAGAAUGAAAGUGACUGGUAUCUGAAGCCAAAUCGUUGGCCGGCUAUAGGCCUGGGCUUCAACACAGGAGUUAUGCUAUGGGACUUGCAGAAAAUCCGGAAAAAGGUUUUCUGGACGCGACUAUGGCAAGAUGAAGUAUACACCAACCUUCCCAAUCUGAAGAUGGUACAAUUAGCUGAUCAGGAUGUGCUAAAUGCCGUAAUAAAAAAGAAUCCACAGUUAGUUUAUGUGAUGAGUUGCAAGUUUAAUGUACAAAUGUCCACGAGGUCAUGGGCUAAAACUUUUUAUAAGGAAGAUAUAAACAAUAUCAAGAUAAUUCAUUGGAACUCUCCGAGCAAACAAAAUAUUAACAUACAAGAUGCUGAUGUUUUUAGAAACAUAUAUCAGAGUUAUGUAAAUUUAGAUGGCAAUUUGUUGAAGGAAAAGUUACACAGAUGUAACAUUACUGAAAAUCUUACAUACAAGAUGAACCAUUCAGACUUGUGCAUCAGUUUCCGCGCCGCACAGCGAGUCAAGCUGCGCACGCACAUUUAUUACAUGGACUACAGUUACAAAAGCAUAGACAACUUCGACGUCACACUAGUGUUGCAAUUCUCCAUGGACAGAUUGCAGUUUCUGGAGCGGCUUGUCAAAUAUUGGGAAGGUCCUAUAAGCGCCGCCAUCUACCUGGCGGAUUGCGAAGUGUCCAAAUUCGAGAGCUACAUACGGAACCUCUCAGGAACCCUCAGCACCCGACGCAAUAUCGCUUACCAUUUAGUUUUCCAUCAGGAUAAUGUACAUUACCCAGUGAACUAUAUGCGGAACGUGGCGUUGGCAAAUGUGGACACGCCUUACGUGUUCCUCAUGGACGCCGACUUCGUGCCCAUGAUCGGCUUGUACGAAUACCUGCGCAAGGCCAUACGACUCACCAACCCCUAUCCACAAAAGAAGUGCCUCGUGGUGCCGGCGUUCGAAACACAACGCUAUCGCGCAACGCCGCCGCGCAACAAGUCGUCGCUGCUGGCGCGCUGGUCCGCGACCGGCGACGUCGCGCCCUUCCGCGCACGCGAGUGGCCUCGCGGACAUCGCGCCACCAACUACACUCGAUGGGCGACGGCCACAGCCCCUUAUGAGGUGGAAUGGCAGACAGAUUAUGAGCCGUAUGUAGUAGUUCACAGAUCUGUGCCAAAGUAUGACACGCGCUUUUCUGGCUUCGGUUGGAAUAAGGUGUCGCACAGCGUAGAGUUGCGCGCGCAGCGUUACAAACCAGUGGUGCUGCCCGACGCGUUUGUGCUGCACACCGCGCAUGCGCCGUCGCACGACAUAACCGCCUUCCGCGCAGACCCGCACUACCGAAUAUGUUUAGCAAUACUGAAGCAGGAGUUCUUGGAAGAUUUGGAAAAGAAGUACAACGUCACAUUGAAGGAGGAGAAACCCGACACACUCUACUCGGGCAAAGCCAAAAGUAUACUAUUGAACAAACACGGCGAACAAAAUUGAACACUAUUGCUGUGAUUUUAAGAUUUAAUUUGCCAAAGUCAUCUGCCAAUUUUAGAAUCUCUUUGGUUUCGUAUUGGGAAUAUUUCGCUAAGCGCUAUUCCGAUGCAAGCACCAUAUCAUCAACAUUUAAAGUAAUUGUAGGGUGUAGCGCCAUUUUUGCAUGGUGUGGACAUAGAACUAAUUUGAUUUAUAUAAUUUGUUGCUGGUGGCAAGACUUGAGAACCACGGGUUACUAUACAUUAGUUGGGCUAAUUGACGAAUAAAUAAAUAAUAAAUCAAUUAUUUAUAUAAUACUAGAUCUAACCCAGUGCUUAGUAAAUGGUAAAUGGGAUUUGUACAUAAAUGUUAUUAUAGGUACUAGCUUCAGUUGACGACUUAUUAAAUUAGCCUUUAAAUACGCCCCAAGGUACAUAAGGAACCAACAUAGGCAGUAAAUAAUAUACUUCGAAUGUGAGAAAGAGUUAAUGACAUCACAGGAAAACUAUCUGAUCUUCCCAAAGAAGGGCUACUUAAAUUGUAAUGCUAUUACUAGUAUGAUUUGCAAGGUAAACUGCCGAUGGUGAAACUUUUACAUGUUUGGAGAAAGAAAUUUGAUAAAUACCACACUAAAAUAAAUUAUGAUGCUAAGGCAUAGACAAUUAUAGACGUGUACCUAUAUACCUUGUAAAAGCAAAAGCCAGGCACACUAUAGGAGACAAAAGUAUUGACGUUCUGUCCCAUUUCUCCAUUGUCAUGUCUAUAUACGUAGCAUGAUCCAACUACACCAGCGCCAUCUACGUUAGUCUAUGGCCUGAUAUUAAAUUAUAUUAUUUACCGCCAAGUAUUAAUAUACCUAUUAAGAUAUAAAAACCUAAAUUAUAAAACCCCGACAUCAAAGUUGCUAGCAUCCUCUCAUCCGCUAGAAAAGAACUGACUGUUUCCAAACGGCUAAACGCACAUUUUCCAAACAUAGCCAAGAACACUUCCGAUCAAAUUCUCUUUCAAGUAAAUACACUAGAUCAAAAUCCGUUCAGCCGUUUAGCUGUUACGAUGCCACGGACAUACAGACACGUUAAACUAAAACUCUCCUUACGUCGGGGGGUUAAAAAUUACUGUCGUAAAUGACAGUAUAUUUGGGUCUUUGCACCGUCAAAUUUGACGUUGAUUUUAACCGGCGGCAUGCCGCUGACGUUUAGACAAAAUUGCGUACAUUGUGUUUUUCUGCGCGCGUUAAAGCUAACGUCAAAAUUUAGGGUGCAACCCACCCUAAAAAGGCUGUGCAUUGUUAAAACAUGUAUUUAUUCGAGAUUGUCGAGAAUAUAAUAUGUGUCACUAUUUGCCCUUUUUAUGUAGAAAUCACAUAAGUUAUAUCAUGUAAUUAAUAAUUUGAAUAUUAUAUAGCUAUUUAUGAUUGUGCAGAAUACAAUUACAUUUAUUUUUAUAGUCUUUAUACCAUGAUAUUUAAAGUUACACUCAUAUAUUUAUUUGAGCGCGAGAAAUCUCGAAUCAAUUAUUUUCUUUGUAGUAUCGUUUCUUGUUUGUUUAGUUUAAGUCUAUCAAAUAAAAAAAGUAUUCCGAGUCAUAUAUUAAUUUCACUUUAUCUGUAAUAGUCAUAAUGAAUAAUUCAGAGAAAAUUCACAAAUAACCCUUUAAAAAUGCACCAUUCCACUAUUUUAACUUAAGGAUUUAUCAAUUUUAUGUGUUUAUUUUAUAGCAACAAAACAUUUACAUUUAUUGUUACAAUCAAAUCAAAUACAUCAAAUAUUUUUGUAAUUUUAUGUUGUACCAAAGAAUGUGCUAUGCGUAAUAUUUUUUUUUGUCAUGUUAUUGUUGAAUUCUUAAUUGUUGAUGUCUUAUUGAGAACUUAAUGUGGGCCGUUGAGUAUUGUCCUUAUAUAAUUAAAAUGAUAGAUAAAGGAUCACAUCGAACAUGUGAUGUGGGCCUCGAGUUUAGAUUAAGAUUUUAGUAAGAGGGACAAGUUACAGCUAUAUUCAUCCUAAUGCAGCUUGCAUUAGGAUGAAUAGGGUUUGAAGCAAUAUUGGACACUCGAUCAUAAACCGUACAGCCCCGACUACUCUGUUGGUAUUAAUGUUAAAAAUAAAAUUGAAUGAAAUUGAUGAAGUGAAUGCGUUUUUCAAGUUUUCAACGAUUUACAAGACCGAAUUAUUACGCGGGAGUUUUUGGUCCAUUUUUUGGUGAGGUUUAUGGUAUUAUUAAUUUUACGAUAUACUCGUAUUUUUAUACGGUGUUUGGCAGUUCGAUACAAUCCAAAUCGUUAUAAAACAUUAAUACCAUAAACUGCUACUAUAAUGCAUGUUAAAAUAUACUUAUAUAGAAUCUCAUCAACUCAUUAUUUUUACAAUGCUUGCCUUUGAAUCGAAUUGCCAAGCACCUUCAUUCUGUUGUAUUCAUAUAUCUUGCCUAAAAUUAAGACAUAUUUUAUUGUAAUAAAACCAAAGAAAUUUAAA